AUAAAAUUACGAGUUUGCAGAGUCUCACUUUGUAAGAUUUUGUUUUUCUAAAUUAGAAUUUUAAAAUUCGUAAAUGGAUUUUUGGUGUUGUAUAUUCUUGCUGAUUAAAUUUGGUUGGCAUUCACAACCAGAACGUAAAUUACCAAAAUACACCAAAAGUUUGGUUUGAUUGAGUCUUAUAAAAUCUUAUUGAAAUGGAAGAGCAAGUUCAACAACAGCAGGUUGGCUCCGCCUCAAAUGCCACUGCCAGCAACGAUAACGUAGUACUUAAUAAUAACAACUCUGAAAAUGCAGAAGAACAAGAGAAUACAGAAAUCGACAUCAUAAUAAACAAUGUUGUUAGUACAUUCUACACGAGGUGUCAUUUAGACCUCAGAAAAAUUGCCACAAAUGGCAUGAAUGUUGUUUAUAGGAAAGAAAAUGGAAUGGUGUCAAUGAAGUUUAGAAAGCCAAGCGUCACAGCUAGCAUUUGGUCUUCUGGCAAAGUUACAUGUACUGGUUCGACUAGUGAGGAGGACUCGAAGGUAGCUGCACGCACGGUGGCUCGAAGAUUGUGGAGGUUGGGUUUCGAAGCUGUAAAGUUCUGCAGGUUCAGGAUCGUGAAUGUCCUUGGCACUUGCAGCUUGCCAUUCAAGAUUCAGAUCACUGAGUUCUCUAGGAACAAUCCAAAAAUGGCGAGCUAUGAACCAGAACUGCAUCCCGGUGUUACGUACAAGAUCCUCGACCCCAAAGCCACAAUCAAAAUAUUUUCGACUGGCAGUCUAACGGUCACUGCGCCAUCCGUCGCAAAUGUUCAGGCGGCCAUCGAACACAUCUACUCAAAAGUUUAUGAGUAUCGAAUUGAAGGCCCAACUGAGAUCGCCUCAAACGACGAUUACGACAGUGAAGCCUACCAAUUAUUCCUGCAUCACACUAACAACAACACUAAUCUGAUCACUUAUAAAAAGAAUAAAUCGGGUAAAUGUUCGUUGUCGGGACCGCACUCAAAGAAACAAAAAUUUAUGAGAGGAAGGGUCGACGAUGAAGAGAACUGGAGUGACUCUGAUGACGAUUAAUUAAUAAACAGAACAAUUUUGGAAACUAAUUUAAUAUUAAAAAAUGUACAGUUAAUAAUAUUUCAAAUGUUUGAUAUACUCUGAGUUGUUAACGUUCUUUUGUAUAAUCAGUAAUAAAUGCUCGUAUGUUAUAGAUGAUUA